AUGGACAAGAUCGAGGGGGUGGCUGUGGGCCGCUGCACAGACUCGCCGUACCUGCGGCCGCUCACAAUACACUACCGCCAGAACGGCACCCAGAAGUCGUGGGACUUCAUGAAGACCCAUGAUAGUGUGACCAUCCUCAUGUUCAACUCCACCAGAAAGAGCCUGGUGUUGGUGAAGCAGUUCCGGCCAGCUGUGUACGCUGGUGAAGCAGAACGCCGCUUCCCGGGCUCCCUGGCAGCCGUAGAUCAGGACACACCUCAGGGCCUACAGCCAGCCCUGCCUGGCUCGGUGGGGGUAACGUACGAGCUGUGUGCCGGCCUCGUGGACCAGCCAGGGCUCUCGCUAGAGGAGGUGGCCUGCAAGGAGGCCUGGGAAGAGUGUGGCUACAGGCUGGCCCCUUCCGACUUGCGCCGAGUUGCCACAUACAGGUAUGGAGUGGGGCUGACCUGCUCAAGCCAGACCAUGUUCUAUGCAGAGGUGACCGAUGCCCAGCGUGGUGGCCCGGGUGGGGGUCUGGUGGAAGAGGGUGAACUCAUAGAGGUCGUGCACCUGCCCCUGGGUGACGCCCAGGCCUUCUCGGAUGAUCCAGACAUCCCCAAGACCCUUGGCGUCAUCUUUGGAAUCUUCUGGUUCCUCAGCCACAUAGUUCCUAGCCACCCACUCACUGCCCUGCAGACCCAAUAA